GAAAACAAAGAAAUUGGCAUGAUGCAAAAAGGGAAGGAGCAUCUCAUAUAUAAACGCAAGCCUGGAUUUGUCCGAAGCAAAAGCACAACAAUCUCAUCUCUCCGUCUCCGCGUAUUUGUCAUUUUUUUAAAAAACCAAAAUCACUCUUUUCUAAGUUAAUGGCGGAUCAACUCACCGAUGACCAGAUCUCCGAGUUUAAAGAAGCCUUCAGCUUGUUCGACAAGGAUGGCGACGGUUGCAUCACCACCAAGGAACUUGGAACUGUGAUGAGGUCAUUGGGCCAGAAUCCCACUGAAGCAGAGCUGCAGGACAUGAUUAAUGAGGUGGAUGCUGAUGGUAAUGGGACGAUUGAUUUCCCUGAGUUCCUGAACCUAAUGGCCAGGAAGAUGAAGGAUACAGACUCUGAGGAGGAACUUAAGGAGGCCUUCCGGGUAUUUGACAAGGAUCAGAAUGGCUUCAUCUCAGCUGCAGAGCUGCGCCAUGUGAUGACAAACCUGGGGGAGAAGCUUACUGAUGAAGAAGUUGAUGAGAUGAUAAGGGAAGCUGAUGUGGAUGGCGAUGGUCAAAUAAAUUAUGAGGAGUUUGUCAAGGUUAUGAUGGCUAAGUAACAAUCCCGCUGUCGCAAAACCCACACAUGAGAAAUCAUUUUGAAAAGGAUUUGGGGAAAACAGGUUGGCUAAUAUAAUAGGAUCCCUAAUUAUAUAUAUUUUUUAUUUUCUUUUUCAGUUUUAACAUAUUUUGCUUCAUCUGUGAACCUAAUCCAGCUUGCAGAAUAAUGUUUUCUGUUGCAUGGAUGACACUGUUAAUUACUUAGCUAUCUCUAACUUGCGUUUAUGGCUUC